UCCAGCAGCUAAAAAGGUUACAUAAUACAUGUACAUAAAUACGACGAAUGGUCAGUGAUAAUCGCCAGCACUUCAUGGUUUCACAAGUCGAAUUCCAUGGUUUGUGUCGGACGUGAUUCUUUCGCUCAUAAACUCUACCAUCAAUAUUAUUCCAUCGUCAUGAAAGUCCUGGCAGUAUUAUUUCUCGGCCUUGCAGCCUCUUCCUUCGCUUUCUCUCGAUCUUCACGCAAGAUUCCAGGGGGUGGACGCAUCAUUGGGGGACAAGAUGCUGCGGAAGGUCAAUUUCCUUACCAGAUUGUCUUGCUUCAUGCGGGAAGCUACAUUUGCAGUGGUUCUAUUCUUGCAUCAAAUGUUGUAAUUACUGCUGCUCACUGCGUCGUUGGAGUUCCUCCGAGAAAUCUUCAAAUCAUUGCUGGCGAGCUUGACCGUGCUUCAGUCUCAGGUCACGAACAAACGGUUCAAGUCGUCCGAAUUGUUGUCCAUGAAUCCUAUGGCGUCCCUUCCGAUUUAGCAAACGAUAUUGCCCUCCUCUUCUUGAGCGACACAGUUCCCUUAGUUUUGAACGAAUUUGUACAACCAAUUGCUCUCCCAAUUCAAGAGCAACAGACGUCUGGCGAAAUAAUUAUCUCAGGCUGGGGCAUCACCACUCCGAGUGGAAGUCUCUCAAAUAUCUUGCAGUGGGUCGAACUCCCCGUUGUGGAUGAUGCCACCUGUCAGGGGAAUUAUCCCGAAGAGGUCAUCUUGCCAAGCAUGUUGUGUGCAGGAUUUCCUCAAGGAGGACGAGAUUCGUGUCAAGGAGACGAUGGUGGACCAUUGGUUUCCGUCAACACUGGGUAUUUGGCUGGUUUGAUUAGCUGGGGAUAUGGUUGCGCCCUUCCUGGAAGACCUGGUGUCAGCACAGAAGUUUCGUAUUUUGUCAACUGGAUAAAUGAUCAGAUGACAUCUUAAAAAAUUUGUGCUAUUUUUUAUUGCAAUGUAAAUCUCGACACUGAAUAAAUAAAUUAAGGAUUUUUCUCUUGAAAAAUAUGCAAACUCAAA